GCAGGAUUGGCCCGCCCGCCGCUUCCAGGGGCGGAGGUGACAGCGGGCCUGGGACAGGCGGCCGUAGCUGCCCGCCGCGCCAAGGGACCGCCAGGCGGCGGAGAGCAGGUCAGGGGCCGGCCGAGGCCGGGCGGGGAGCCCGGGGUCGCUGUCCGGGGACGGCGGGCGGAAGGGACCCGCGCCCCGAGGAACGCGCCGGGCGGCCAGGCCUGCGCUGCCCCGCCGCGGCCGCUGCCCCGGCCGGGAGCCCCCGAGGGGCAGCAGGGCGCCGGGCCCUCGUCGGAGUUCUCCGGUCCAGGUUAUAAAAGAUGGAGGCCGGCUCAGUGGUUCGAGCCAUCUUUGACUUCUGCCCUAGCGUAUCAGAAGAACUGCCGCUCUUUGUGGGAGAUGUUAUUGAGGUGUUGGCAGUGGUGGAUGAAUUUUGGCUUCUAGGAAAGAAAGAGGAUGUGACAGGACAGUUCCCCAGCAGUUUUGUGGAAGUUGUUACCAUUCCCAGUCUAAAAGAGGGCGAGAGACUGUUUGUCUGUAUCUGUGAAUUUACAUCCCUAGAAUUGAACAGCCUUUCCCUCCAUCGAGGUGACCUAGUGGUUCUCGAUGGCACUCCCACUGCCGGCUGGCUGCAGGGCCGGAGCUGCUGGGGUGCCCGGGGCUUCUUCCCGUCCUCAUGUGUUAGGGAGCUCUGCCUCUCCUCACAGAGUCGGCAGUGGCACUCACAGAGUGCCCUUCUCCAGAUUCCCGAGUAUUCAAUGGGACAAGCCCGGGCACUGAUGGGGCUCUCUGCCCAGCUGGAUGAGGAGCUGGACUUCAGAGAAGGGGAUGUGAUUACCAUUAUUGGAGUUCCUGAACCAGGCUGGUUUGAAGGGGAGUUAGAGGGUCGAAGAGGCAUUUUUCCGGAAGGUUUUGUAGAGCUUUUGGGGCCCCUGAGGACUGUGGAUGAGUCAGUAAGUUCUGGAAAUUGCGAUGACUGCAUUACUAACGGUGAAGUAGAUACCAACACAGGAGAAGAGAGACAGCCAGAAGAGGAAGGCGAGCAGCCAGCCACCUACGGGAUUGCCCUCUACAGAUUCCAAGCCCUGGAGCCAAAUGAGUUGGAUUUUGAAGUAGGCGAUAAAAUCCGAAUCCUGGGGACCCUGGAAGAUGGCUGGCUAGAAGGAUCACUGAAGGGCAGGACAGGCAUCUUUCCUUACCGCUUUGUAAAGUUAUGUCCUCAAGCAAGGGUGGAGGAAACCAUGGAUCUGCCGCAGGAAAGCAGCCUCACCAACAUCCCUGACACAUCUUUGGAUUGUUCGGAGAACUUAGAAGUGGAAGGAACAAGACAUGAAUCUCCUGAGUAUAAAGCAGAGAAGUCCAACUCAGUUAUUUCUGAAACAUCUACUUCCCCACUGGAGCAUCUGACUUCUGAGUAUGAAGAAGACAAAAACUCUCACUGGGACACGGGCACCUCAGAAGGGCCCCCAAGAAGCACAGGUUCAGGGCACGAACAGCUUCUUGCCAAAUACUCUUCCACAAAGGAUCCUUCAGAGGUGGUCAAUGGUGUUGCGUCCCAAACUCCAGUACCUUUUCAUCCCGAAUUGCAGAAAAACCAGUAUUAUUCUAUAGGAGGAGGAAGCAACCCCUGCCCCGACCAGUACUCUGACCCUCUUCCUCUAGAAGCAAGGACUAGAGACUACUCCAGCCUACCUCCCAGAAGAACAUACUCCCAGCCGAAAACCCUUCAGAAGCCAGUGCCACGUCUUCAUAGCACCUUUUCCCGUUUAGCUUCCAGGGCAGUCAGACCCAGCCAGUUGAGCCCUCAACUCCAGGGCAUGGCGCGGUGUGUGAAAAAGCACCUCACACCCAAAGAAAAUGCUUCCAGCUUUUGCUCUGCAUCAGAGAGAUCAGAGAUGAAGCCUGGUCUGCAAGACAAGGCACCUGCUGUGGAAGCAAUGGCACUUUCACAGGGAGACGGCAACACGGACCUGGAUUCUAAGUUGACACAACAACUGAUAGAGUUUGAGAAGAGCUUGUCAGGGCCCGGCACAGAACCAGAUAAAAUUUUGCGCCACUUUUCAAUCAUGGACUUUAACUCUGAAAAGGAUAUUUUCCGAGGUUCCUCGAAGCUAAUCAUCCAGCAGGAGCUGCCCGAGAGGAGAAAGGCUCUAAGGCCACCGCCACCCCGUCCCUGUACUCCAGCAUCCACUCCUCCCCAUUUGCCAGUGGACCAGAACCUGAGACCGGAACCACCCUUGGCAAUGCGACCGUCUCGCCCCGCUCCCCUGCCUCCCUCAGCCCAGCAGAGAACGAAUGCAGUACCCCCCAAGCUCCUAACCUGUAACCGUCCUGGCUGGGAGACCCUAGAAAAGGAGAGCCCUGAGAACAUGGAGAAGACUUUGGACCAGACUUCCCAGUGUCCCUUAGUCUUGGUGAGGAUUCAGGAGAUGGAACAGGACUUGGAUAUGUGCUGCAGGGCUCAAGAAGAGCUGAACUUACUGCUGGAGGAGAAGCAAGAGGAAUCACUAAGGGCAGAGACCCCUGAGAAUCUUGAGUUCUACGAGAGUAACAUUGAGAGUUUGAACAUGGAACUCCAGCAACUUAGAGAAAUGACACUCCUCUCCUCCCAGUCUUCAGCACUAGUGGCCCCUUCUGGGUCUGUGUCCACUGAAAGCCCAGAGCAGAGGAUGCUGGAGAAGAGAGCCAAGGUGAUAGAGGAACUUCUUCAGACGGAGAGAGACUACAUUCGGGAUCUGGAAAUGUGUAUCGAGCGGAUCAUGGUACCCCUGCAGCAGGCUCAGAUACCAAACAUUGAUUUUGAGGGACUUUUUGGAAAUAUGCAGAUGGUGAUUAAGGUCUCAAAGCAAUUAUUGGCUGAUCUGGAAAUCAGCGAUGCCGUAGGACCGGUGUUUCUUGAUCACCGAGAUGAGCUUGAAGGAACAUACAAGGUUUAUUGCCAGAAUCAUGAUGAGGCCAUCUCAUUGCUGGAAAUAUAUGAGAAGGAUGAGAAGAUCCAGAAGCAUCUUCAGGACUCCUUGGCAGAUCUUAAGAGCCUGUACAAUGAAUGGGGAUGCACAAAUUAUAUUAACCUGGGCUCCUUCCUCAUCAAACCAGUGCAGAGAGUAAUGCGCUACCCACUGCUGCUGAUGGAGUUGCUGAAUUCCACCCCCGAAUCCCACCCAGAUAAAGUGCCUUUAACCAAUGCAGUCCUUGCAGUCAAGGAAAUCAACGUUAACAUUAAUGAAUAUAAACGUCGAAAGGACCUGGUCCUCAAGUACCGAAAGGGUGAUGAAGAUAGUCUCAUGGAGAAAAUUUCCAAACUGAACAUCCACUCCAUCAUCAAGAAAUCCAACCGGGUUAGCAGUCACCUGAAGCACCUCACCGGCUUUGCCCCACAGAUUAAAGAUGAAGUAUUUGAAGAAACAGAGAAAAACUUCCGAAUGCAAGAAAGAUUGAUCAAAUCUUUUAUCCGAGACCUGUCUCUCUACCUCCAGCAUAUCCGGGAAUCGGCAUGUGUGAAGGUGGUGGCUGCCGUGAGCAUGUGGGAUGUGUGCAUGGAGAAGGGACACAGAGACUUGGAACAGUUCGAGAAGGUGCAUCGCUACAUCAGUGACCAGCUCUUCACAAAUUUUAAGGAGAGGACAGAGCGGCUGGUCAUCUCUCCCCUGAAUCAGUUACUGAGCAUGUUCACGGGGCCCCACAAGCUGGUGCAGAAACGCUUUGACAAGCUUCUGGACUUCUAUAACUGUACAGAACGGGCAGAGAAGCUGAAGGACAAAAAGACCCUGGAGGAGCUGCAGUCGGCCCGGAACAACUACGAGGCCCUGAACGCCCAGCUGCUGGACGAGCUGCCCAAGUUCCAUCAGUACGCGCAGGGCCUCUUCAGCAACUGUGUGCAUGGCUACGCCGAGGCCCACUGUGACUUCGUGCGCCAGGCGCUGGAGCAGCUGAAGCCGUUGCUCUCGUUACUCAAAGUCACCGGCAGGGAAGGGAACCUGAUUGCCGUCUUCCAUGAGGAGCACAGCAGGGUCCUGCAGCAACUCCAGGUUUUCACCUUCUUCCCAGAGUCUCUUCCCGCCACCAAGAGGUCACUUGAGAGGAAAACUAUGGACCGCCAGUCCACCCGAAAGCCACUCCUGGGCCUGCCAAGUUACAUGCUUCAGUCGGAAGAACUCCGGGCCUCCCUCUUGGCAAGGUAUCCCCCUGAAAAGCUCUUCCAAGCAGAACGGAACUUCAAUGCUGCCCAGGACCUGGACGUCUCACUUCUGGAAGGCGACCUGGUGGGCGUGAUCAAGAAAAAGGACCCCAUGGGCAGCCAGAACCGCUGGCUGAUUGACAAUGGAGUCACCAAAGGCUUUGUGUACAGCUCCUUCCUGAAGCCCUACAAUGCACGCCGCAGCCACUCCGACGCCUCCGUGGGCAGCCACUCCUCCACCGAGUCAGAGCACGGCAGCUCCUCCCCCAGGUUCCCCCGGCGGCAGAACAGCGGCGGCACCUUGACCUUCAACCCCAGCAGUGUGGCCGUGUCCUUUAGCUCAGGGCCUUCCCAGAAACAGCCUCCAGACACAUCUUCACUGACGGAAUUUGACCAAGGAACUCUCAGCGCAUCCUUGAACUCAGAGAGCAGUCCUUCCAGAUGCCCCUCGGACCCAGACUGCCCCUCCCAGCACGGGUCCUGGGACUCGGUAGACGCUGCCAGAGACCUCCACCAGCCUGCUCCCACUCUGAGGAGCUCCCGAAACCCCAGGCAUCCAGAAAUGGCUGGUUACUCCGUGCCAGGGCGAAACGGGCAGGGUAGAGACCUCGUAAAAGGAUGUGCAAGAACAGCCCUGUCUCUGGAUGACAGAAACGGACAGCUGGAAAACAGCGAGGCGGAAGGCAACCAGGUCUAUUUUGCUGUCUAUACCUUCAAGGCACGGAACCCAAACGAGCUGAGUGUGUCAGCCAAUCAGAGACUCAAGAUCCUGGAGUUUAAAGAUGUUACAGGAAAUACAGAAUGGUGGUUAGCCGAAGUUAAUGGGAAGAAGGGCUAUGUUCCAUCCAAUUAUAUCUGCAAAACUGAGUACACCUGAACCUGUUGUGCCUCCCAUUCAACCUUGCUGCCUUUGCUUCCUUCUGCUGAAGGGUCCUGGUGUCCACUGAGAGGGCGCCUGCUCUUGAGACACUGGCCCUGCCUGCAUGGCUUAACCAUGGCACACUGGGGCACAAGAUAAGUCUUGCUCUCUUUGAUUGGGUUGUCAACCUUGAUGCUUGCUAGAAUUUCUAGAAUUUGAAAUGGACCCUGGGGCUUGCAAGUGAUUCAGUGACUGUGAGAAGAGAGGCCAAUCCUGGGGUCAGCUUUUGGAAACGAGAAAUUUCCAGUCAGAAGACCAGUAUCCAAUAUAUGCUGGAAGCUGUGCUAUAGCAUUAGAAGAAGUUGGCGUUGGUUGUGCCAUACUGAGUUUGGGGUGGCCCCAUGCACCAUGAUCGACUGACUGGAAACUGACUUGGAUGAAAAGAAUUCUCUGGGAGCCCUUUCAGGCUGCGCCUCUGCAUGUGGCAAGGAGUUUGUCGACCUUGUACCAAAUCUGGUGUUUUAAAACCUCAGUGUCUGGCACACAUUCACACACACACCCCUUAUUUCUAAAAGUCCCUAAAACGCUACCACCUGUAAUCUUUUUCUUAUUUAUUUCACUGCACUUCCAGAUAGCUUGGGCAAAAUUCAACUACUUUCUUUCUCGUUUUAAAAAAUGUUUAGGGUCUUUCUUUUCCUUGAACCUUCAUCUGAAAGGUUCUCUUCCCGUUGGGUGCUAUCCUCCACACCUUGCUGACAGUCAUCUCUACUUUAUAUGGUCUGUGCGUGAUAAUGUCUCCUGGCCUCUCUCCUGAAGCUCAAUAUCUGAUAGACUUUCCUAGGAGAACAGGAUCAGAGCUCCCGCCAUUUCAUUAGAGGGAUUCAUUCUGCGAUGGGCUGAAGCCAUUCCAGCCUGCUGGGAGACUGGAUGCCUCUCCCCUUCAUCCAAGCACACUACUGUCCACAGAUGCAGAAAACAUAACGCAUGUGUCUUAUUUGAAUUCGGAUAAGCAGUCCCAGAAGUAGCUUAUCCUAGACUUGGAAAUAAGCAUUUUCUGUUUCAUCAGGCCCCGUGCUUCAGAGACCGUGGUCGAAGCCAAACAGAAUCUAAAGUGCCUGAUUGUGCCUCCCUCCGCCUCAGGAAGAUAUUUACUAAUCCUAACACUAAGAAUCUCCCCCUGAAGUUUCUAUUUGAGCAGGGCUCUGAUUCUUAAGGUCCGCCCCAGAUAGAAAACCUACCUUGGAACAGGAAACCGUGAAUUUUGUCUUUUAAGAAAGGGAAUUAAGAACAGCCUUACAGCCCUUGCUCCUCCAAAUGCACCUUCGCCUUAAAGUUAUGAUGAAUUGGGAGACACCUGUGAACUCCUUGGCCCCCCGAGUCUGCUGGUUGGUCAGAAGGAAGCAACGCAAGAGUCUCUUGUGAAUAGUGUUUAUAUCUAGAGAUGUUUAUAUUUAAGUAGUUAUUUUAUAAAUAAAAGCAUUUCUAAGGGC